CCACCUGCAGUCCCAGGGUGCAACCAAAACAGCAAGAAAGGAAGAUGGCCAGAACACUGUCUUUCUCCCUGCUGGGUUUUGUGGUCGUAUGUGCUGUGCAUGGAAUAUUUAUGGACAGACUUUCUUCCAAGAAGCUCUGCGCAGAUGACGACUGUGUCUAUACUAUUUCUCUGGCUAGAGCUCAAGAAGAUUACAAUGCCCCAGACUGUAGAUUCAUUAACGUGAAACAAGGGCAGCAGAUCUAUGUUUACUCAAAGCUGGUGAAAGAAAAUGAAGCUGGAGAAUUUUGGGCUGGCAGUGUCUACGGUGCUGACCAGGACGAGAUGGGAACCGUGGGGUAUUUCCCCAGCAACUUGGUCAAGGAGCAACGUGUGUAUAAGGAAGCCACCAAGGAAGUCCCCACCACGGAUAUUGACUUCUUCUGUGAAUAAGAAAUUAGUUAAAACUGCAGACAGAAAGAAAAUGCCAAAAAAUAAAGAAAAAAGCCAAAAUAACCCCCAAACGCACGUCUGUAAUUUCUGACUGUCGUUUCAAGCAUUUGUUACCUCUCCCGAGUUGGAGACGGUGGGUAAAAGAGGAUUUUCAACUUGGUCUUGGUUCCUGCUGGCCGGGUCUUCCCACACACUGGAGCAUGGGAGACAUUGGGCUGAAGCGGAUACAUUGAAACAGAGAAUUAUUUUUCAACCUAGAGAAUCUUCUCUUCCAUGGGGGUACAUACAAAAGAUGGUGCAUUUGUAAUUAUUUCUAAUAGUAAUUCUCAGUUCCCUGUCUGUAAGCUUGGUGGUUCGUAGGUCUUCCCUUUGGACACAAUAUUAUCUAAAGGGCCAUAUCAUCAAAGAAAUAUUCUAUUAUUUUUGUUGUUUUUAAUAUUUGAUGCCUUUGGAAGGUAGAGCUGUUAGGGGAAGAAAAAUGCUCUUGAACCCACAGAUGUUUAAAUGAUGUCUCUAAAUCCCUCUUUUAGAACAGUCUCAAAAGUGACUCCGCUUGAAUAACUUUACCUUCUAAAUGAUCAAUUUGCCUCUCUCCAGGUUUAAAUAAGUGUGUAUAUAUAUAACAGGGGAAGGCAGUUUAUGGAAAUAAGUUUAAUGAAACAGUUUUCCCUUACCCACUCCCUGGGUGCUUUUCAAGUUUUGAGUCAUCAGAAGACACAACAAAAAAGAUCUGUGGGUUAUUUUCUUUACUUCUCUUUCAACUUUGAAUUUCCUUUUCCUGUGCAAAUUCCUCCAGUCCCGUGUGGGUGUGAUGCAUCAAGAAAUCCACUGAGGGGAAGCGGGACUGUGAUCCUGAUGGGCCCUGGAGUUAUUCUAUAUUUAGCUGCAAAUCUGCUUUGAUUGUGCUGUUAAUGUGAUUCUUUUGAUGCAGUCUUGAGUUUUUGUUUGUUUACAUGUAA